AUGUUUGGGAAACAAGACAAAAUGGACGUUAGAUGCAGUUCAGAGACUGAAGCUAACCGGGUCUCGAAGAACGGACAUAAAGAGGGCAAGGAAAGCAAAGGGUCUGAAGGAAAUAUUUCUACUUCUUUUUUGAAGGAUCAGCAAGGGACUUUUUCUGCCUCUGCAGCUGCGGAAGAUUGUAAUAAAAGUAAAUCUAGUUCGGCUGAUCCGGACUAUUGCAGGAGGAUCCUAGUUAGAGAUGCCAAAGGUUCAAUCAGAGAGAUUAUUCUGCCUAAGGGGCUUGAUCUGGACCGUCCCAAGCGGACCCGCACCUCCUUCACGGCCGAGCAGCUCUAUCGCCUGGAGAUGGAUGCACAGAAAAGACAGGGGGGUAGAAAGAAACUCAUGCUGGCAAGCAUCAAGUUGGCAAGUCAGGAGCUGUGGCUUCAGGGAUUCAGGCUGGGCAUUGGGAAGGAAGCCAGCCAGAACACAGAGACGAGGAAGGUUACUGAGACCACACCUGGGAAAAAGUUGAAGAUAACCAUAUGA